AAUAAAGCUUUUUGUGCUCUCUUCUCUCUCUCUCUUCUUCAGCUCUCUUCUAAGUUAUUCUCCUUUCUCUGCUAAUAUCUCUGGAUCUAAUCUUCUUCGUGAGCUCUAACUUCCAUCAGCGAUUCGUUUUACCUUUCUGAGAGUUGAAGAAAACAAAAGAAAAAAAUUCAAAUGACACUAGAAGAGGAGCUGCAGAGCAAUGUCUCUGUGGAAAGUUCCACCAGGAACACAAUAGGAGUAGUACUCAAGGAACAUAACUACUUAGGCCUCUCUGAUUGUUCCUCUGUUGGAAGCUCAAAUCUCUCCGGCCUUGCAGAUGAUGACAAAGCCACUAUCAGCCUCAAAGCCACUGAGCUCACACUGGGCCUUCCUGGGUCUCAGUCUCCUGCUAGAGACACUGAGCUUAACUUACUCAGCUCACCAGUGAAGCUUGAUGAGAAGCCUUUCUUUCCUUUGCUUCCUUCCAAAGAUGAGAUCUGCGCGUCUUCCUCUCAGAAGAAUGUUGCCUCUGGGAACAAAAGAGGGUUCUCUGACACUAUGGAUAAGUUUCCUGAUGCUAAAAGUUCGGUUUAUGCUGAGAAAAACUGGAUGUUUCCUGAAGGGGUAGCCAACACCCAAGCUGUGGUGAAGAAGGAAGUGGCACAGAACAUACCUAAGGGAAAGCUUAGCACUACAAACAAUAGCUCUAGUCCACCUGCAGCCAAGGCACAGAUUGUUGGUUGGCCACCAGUGAGAUCCUACAGGAAGAACACAUUGGCUACCACAUGUAAAAACAGUGAUGAAGUUGAUGGGAAGCCAGGUUCUGGGCCACUCUUCGUGAAGGUUAGUAUGGAUGGUGCUCCUUAUCUGAGGAAAGUUGACUUGAGGAGCUACAGUAGCUAUGGGGAGCUUUCUGCAGCCUUGGAGAAAAUGUUCACCACUUUCACUCUUGGUCAAUGUGGAUCUAACGGAGCUACAGGGAAAAAUGUGCGUAAUGAGACCAAGCUCAAAGAUCUUCUUAAUGGAAAAGACUAUGUGCUCACUUAUGAGGACAAGGAUGGUGACUGGAUGCUUGUUGGAGACUUUUCAUGGGAGAUAUUUAUUGGUGUCUGCAAGAAGCUCAAGAUAAUGAAAGGCUCUGAUGCAAUUGGGUUAGCUGCAGCUCCAGCACCGAGAGCAAUGGAGAAACCGAAGAUGAGAGCUUAAAAGAGUUGUUGGAAAAUGAUUCCAUAAGCUUUCUAAUUAUACUGAAAUAUGUGCGAUUCCCUUUUGGUGGUGUUUUUAAAAUCAAAGCAUCUCUACAUCUUUAGCUUCUGAGAUAAAAUUAUUAUUAAGAAGAAGAAAAAAAAAAAAGACUACGUUUGUAAGGAAAUGAAGAAGAAUUCAAAUGAUCUUUUUAUUUUGUUGUUGUUGCUGCUUUGACCAAAGUAAACUCUGGAGUCUGGUCUUUGUUUGGGUUUUUGAUUUCGUUGUGUGAUUGACUUUUAUAUAUUUUCGGAUAUUUUGAUGUAAUGUUGUUUUGCUCUCUCUCCGCCUUCUUCGUUUGGUUAUGAGUUAUGGGUUCGG